AUGGGCUCCGACCAGGAUGAUCCGGUCAUCUCCUCUUACGACGUUUUCCUCACGGACUCCGAAAUCUCUCGUUACGUCUUCCAAUACCUCGACCGACCGCAAUCUAAGCCCUAUAACGAAAGAAGGGGACAAAAACCAACCGUCAUGCGAAUGAAGCCGGACACGGGUCUAGUCGAGCUUGAGGUCCCCAUUUUCACUCGAUGCACGUACGAUGUUAGCAAGGGACUCCGAUACGGCGAGGCCAUGAAGAAAGGCCGCAUCACGCGUGAUGGUGGAGCUUACGGCAUGGCUGGUGGGUUUAGCUCUGGAAACAUGCCAGGCGGUAAUGGACGAGUCAAGGCGGAGGGCAAUGGGGAUGUUGAGGUGCUGGACAACAAGAAGGUCGUGGACCCAUCUGCGCUGGUCAGGACACAGCCGCUGGGCGGGCGCAUUAAGCCUGCAGAGGAAGGCGACCCAGUCUACAUGCUAGCUACAUUUAAAGGAAAAAAUCUGCAUCUAUCCCCCGUUACCGCAGUGGUUCAAUUGCACCCCCAGCUUCAUCAUCUAGAUGCGCUGGAUGAAAUGCCCAAAGGGCGGGCUAAGGGCAAGAAGGACGAUGAAGAACGUCCAGCUGAGAUUGAGGCGCGCGCGAUCGACGUGAAGAUCAAAGGUGCGGAAGACGGAGGCGCCGUGCUCCACGGAAACCUGGACCUACUCAAGCGAAUGCAAGAAGAGAAAUGGAAGACUUUUGACUGGGUCGAUGCAGAGACGGAGGAAUCAUGGUACACAUAUGAAAAUUACAUGAUGAACCAGAAGCCUGAAGAACUACCUCAACUGGAGUCUACUAUCAACAGCGAGGACUACUUGGACGGGAUGAGUGCCCCGCGGAUUGAUCCCGCUCGGCCCGAAAUGACGGGAUGGGCCAUGAAGCAAAACCGGCAAAGACAAAAGGACGGGUUAUCAGAGAGUGAGGAUGAAAGGUGA